AUGCAGAGGUAUGAAGGUGUCAAAGAAGGACCUAAACCAAAUGACAUUAUACAGCUGAUGCGUACAGAGCACGGAUGCAAGAUUUCCUACGAUCUAGCAUGGGAGGCACGCGAGUAUGCUGUCAAUUGUGUGAGAGGUAUACCAGAGGAGAGUUAUGGUAAAAAUACCAAUGUACUUGCACAUGGCAAAGAAGCUAAUCCGGGUACUCAUACUGCUUAUAAAACUGAUCCUGAUGGUAGUUUCAGAUACAUGUUCAUUGCUUUUGGUCAGUCAAUUAGAGGCUUCCACAAAGUGAUGCGGCAGGUCAUCGUUGUUGAUGGUACAUUCUUGAAGAAUAAAUACAGGGGAACACUACUAGUUGCUACAGCUUUAGAUGGUAACUCUAAUUUGUAUCCAUUAGCAUUUGGUGUGGUUGAUUCAGAGAAUGAUAACUCAUGGGAAUGGUUUUUGAGGCAGCUGCAUGUUGUUAUUGAGGAUGACUACACUUGGCUUUUAUCUCAGACAGAAAUCCAUCCAUUGGUAGAGCAAUACGUAUUGUCUACCAACGAGCAAGCCAUGGAAUCUGCAUCCACCAUUUGCUGA